AUUCUUAUAAUAAUUCAUUUAUUAUUAAAAAGCAGAUAUGAAUGUAUUAGAGUGUAUGGUAAGCUGUUCAUAUGACAGCAGCCACAGAGUUCUUUUAAAGAGGUUACCGUACCAUAAAAUAAGAUGCUUGGCGAAUAACCCAGCGGCUAGGGCUGGGGCUUCAACCACCAAUUGGAAUAAGGUUGGGACGCAGACCUUUCCGGAGCCCAAUCAACAAAAUGAAGAAGUGUGGGAGCUCCCGGAGCACAAUCAACAAAAAGAAGAAGUGUGGGAGCUUCCAGAGCCGAAUCAACAAAAAGAAGAAGAGUGGGAGCUCCUGGAGGGUCCAUCCAGGAGCUAUUUGGAUCAACUCCCACCUUUAAAAAUAAAGCCUAGGAAGAAAAAAAAUAAAACGUUUUGUUGA